AACAAUUGACCUUUUAAAUACAGAGAAAAAUGCACGCUCCUCUUACAUCUUUAACAUUUGCAUCUCUCGCGGCGGCGGCUCUGCCCAAAGGCGUAAUCGAGCUUCCACUACAGCGUAUAAAGAAUCAGAGCGCCUAUGGAGCAGAAUUCCUGGUUGGCACUCCGCCUCAAAAGGCAAUCAUUUCUGCCGAUACAGGAAGUCCAACUUAUGCCUUUGAAUCACCCGGCAAUUCUGUAUGCCAGCGGGGACUCUGCUCAGAAUAUGGCACUUACGACAACACAUCUUCUUCCACAUCCAAGUGGAUAAGCGACGAUUACAAUGACUUACUGAUCGACCACGGCUUUGGCAGUUUUAUCAACGACACUCUUACCUUUGGCGGCGUGACUGUCAAAGACAUGAUGUUUGGGGUGGUCGAAUUGAACGCUGCAUCCUAUCCCAUCGACACCCAGCAAACUGCCAUCUUUGGUCUCGGGGCUUUCUGCGACACCAAGGCCUGCGACACUUAUCCGACUUUCCUUAAUCAGCUCAAACAGAAGGGAGUCAUCUCUCGUCGUGCCUUCAGCGUCUAUCUGGGACCAAAUGAUCCUAAAGCCACAGGCUCGCUGCUCAUCGGAGGAAUCGACCUUGCUAAGCGUCGGGGCCCUGUCUAUAAAGUUAAUGUGGAAGAUCCAACAAUUCCCGCUGCAAAUUCGCAGCCAAAUUUUGUCAGCCUCUCCAGUCUCAAACUACAGCUUGCCAACGGUACUACGUUAACCUCUACCUACGAGAAUGGCACAUACGCUCUCUGGGAUACCGGCAAUCCUCACUGGUACGUCCAGCAGGACUUAUUUGAUGCUCUCACCAACUACUGGGGCAUCCCCAACCCGGAUCUCACCAAUGAUCCCGUUGUGGAUUGCAAAUUCCGCAAGCCGUCUAAAGACUCCAUCGUCGUGAAUAUCGCACCGGGAGUCAGCCUUGACGUGCCGCUGAGCUCUCUCCCCGUCGAUAUGGGAGACGGUACUUGCACAGUACCAGUGUACCCCUACGGCGAUGCUAUGGGCGAUGCUUUCCUUCGUAACGUCUAUUUCACAUUUGACUACGAAGAUUUGACAAUCGAGUUUUCACUUGUCAACUACACCGACGAGACCAACAUUGUGAAGAUCGAGUAAGAUGGCAGAGCGGUCGAUUUGGCGUUGAUAGAGUUUAUGACAAGACACAGUAUGAGAUCACGCACAUUUGAUAAUGAAUAAUGUAUGCG